AUGUUAACCCAGUAUUCUAAUAGUCCCCUGAAUAAUACUCACUUGCAUUAUCGUAAUGUUAUAUUGAUUAGUUCUCAUAACAUACUGGCUCAAACGAUAAUAAAAACUGGUCGUCAAUAUCAACUAAUUAGCUUUGAUAGUUCGUUAACAAGCUUUUAUAGCAUUUACCUGCUUCAGCGACAUAGACUUGUCUAAACAUCAAGCUCUAGCAAAUAUGAUCUGUAAGUAGCGUAAUUAUACAUUGACUAACAAUGCAAUUAAGGAUUGAAUAGAUAUCUGGAUCUAAUUCUUAGUGUUCCUUCGCUUAACACAUCCUGUUUUAAACUAUGCACUAUCCUGUAAAAUCUUUUCUUCCGACCACUGCCUGCCUAAUUUCACAUUCUCGAGUUCCAUUGCCAAACAACAAGGAUGACACUUUUCUCUAAAAACAUACGGUGAGUUUCAGCCAUAAGUUUCCUGCAAUCAUAAGGUCAUUUUAGAUGGCUCGUUCAAUGGCUGACACAGUUAUCUGGAUUCAUUCGAUUGUUUUGAUCCGAGCGAGUGGCAAAAACAUCAUCAGCAUCAAGCACCCUGGAAUUAAUUGCCAUACUGCAUGUUUUAUUGUGGAUACUUUUGGAUCAUUA